UUGAGUAGGUUGUAAAGAAAAAUUUGCCAGCUCUGUUUGCGAUAGAGCGGCCCCCACCACCCACUAUCAAAAUAAUGACUUCACACGCGCUUCCGUAAACGUGGUAGCCGUCAGCGUUUCCCUGGGGACGUUGACUUCAACCGUUCAACGAAACCCUAAGGAAAUGUCUGUUUGUCCUUCACAUAUUCCUUUGCCACCCUAAUCCGUUACUCCUUCUAAUCUCAUCGUUUCUUUAUAAUCAAUUUUAAAGUUUCUGUAAUUAAAGCGGGUGAUUUUAAAUCGAAAUUUUUUAAUUAAUUAUGGGGAAGCCAACUGGGAAGAAGAAGAAUCAAGAGACGGCUUCUCCAGCAACAACACCGAGACAUGGUGACAUCAAGGCUAAGUCAACGAAACCGACGACGGAUCGACCCAGCUCAAAAGCCUUCGAUGAAGACACGGCGAUGUUCAUAAGCAUGUCACAAGAGCUUAAAGAAGAAGGUAACAAACUCUUUCAAAAACGUGACCAUGAAGGCGCCAUGUUAAAGUACGAAAAAGCUCUUAAACUGUUGCCUAAAAAUCAUAUUGAUGUUGCUUAUUUGAGAAGUAAUAUGGCUGCUUGUUAUAUUCAAAUGGGACUCGGUGAGUAUCCACGUGCAAUUAAUGAGUGUAAUUUGGCUUUAGAGGUUUCACCCAAGUAUAGUAAAGCUUUGUUGAAGAGAGCUAAGUGUUAUCAGGAAUUAAAUCGGUUGGAUUUUGCGUUUAGGGAUGUUCAUAGUGUGUUGAGCAUGGAACCUAAUAAUUUGUUGGCGUUAGAGAUUUUAGAGAGUGUUAAGAAGAGUAUGGUUGAGAAGGGGAUUGAUAUCGAUGAGAAAGUUAAAGAAAUUGGUUUGGAUAAUAGUUUGGAGAUUCAAAGUGCUUCUCGUUUGCGUAGAGUGGUGAAAGAAAAGUUGAAAAAGAAGAAAAAGAGUGGUAAAAGUGAAGAAAAGAAGGAUGAUAAUAAGGCCACCGUGAAGAAGAAGGUUAGUGAUGUUAAGGAUAAAGAGGUGGUUAGUAAGAAGGUGAGUGAUGUUAAGGUCAAAGAAGUGGUUACUAAGAAGGUGAGUGAUGUUAAGGUUAAAGAUGCGGUUCCUAAGAAGGUGAGUGAUGUUAAGGAUAAAGAAGUAAUCAGUAAGGUGGUAGAGGAAGAGCCUGAGGUGACAAAAGCUGUUAAUAAGGAAGAAAAAGUGGUUAUUAAGACGGUGAAAUUGGUGUUUGGGGAUGAUAUAAGGUGGGCACAGUUGCCGGUGAAUUGCAGUAUUAGAUUGGUGAGGGACAUAGUGCGGGAUAGGUUUCCGAGCUUGAAGGGUGUUCUUGUGAAAUAUAAGGAUCAGGAGGGUGAUUUGGUCACAAUUACCACUACUGAUGAGCUGAGAUAUGCUGAAUUGUUGGGUAAUUCUCAGGGUUCUCUUAGAUUGUAUAUCGCUGAAGUUAGUCCUGAUCAAGAACCUGCUUAUGAGGGCAUGGGCGAUCAGGAAGAGAUUCAUGACAGCAAACAGGAACCAAGUAAUUUUGUUGAGAAUGGGAAGGUGGAGACAGGUGUAAAGAAUGAAAAAGGGCUGACUUGCAUCGAGGACUGGAUUAUUCAGUUCGCCCGACUGUUUAAAAAUCAUGUGGGGUUUGAUUCUGAUGCCUAUUUGGAUCUUCAUGAACUUGGAAUGAAGCUAUACUCUGAGGGGAUGGAGGAUACUGCAACAGAUGAAGAAUCUCAGGAACUUUUUGAAAUUGCUGCUGAUAAGUUCCAAGAGAUGGCAGCUCUGGCAUUGUUCAAUUGGGGAAAUAUUCACAUGUCGAAGGCAAGGAAGCGGAUCUUUUUCCCAGAAGAUGGUACGCGAGAAUCCAUACUUGUUCUGGUUAACACUGCCUACGAGUGGGCAAAAAAUGAGUACAUUAAGGCAGGAAUCAGGUAUGAAGAAGCUCUGAAGAUCAAACCAGACUUCUAUGAAGGUCUUCUUGCACUUGGGCAACAACAGUUUGAGCAAGCAAAGCUUUGCUGGUACCAUGCAAUUGGGAGCAAGAUUGAUUUAGAGAGUGGGCCAUCCCAGGAGGUCCUGGAGCUUUAUAACAAGGCUGAGGACAGCAUGGAGAAGGGCAUGCAGAUGUGGGAGGAGAUGGAGGAGCAGCGUCUGAAUGGUCUAUCCAAAUUUGACAAAUACAAAGAUCAGUUGCAGAAAUUGGGGUUGGAUGGAUUGCUUAAAGAUGCAUCUACAGAAGAAGCUGCAGAGCUGGCUACAAAUAUGAGUUCACAGAUAUAUCUUUUGUGGGGUACCAUAUUGUAUGAGCGAUCAGUUGUUGAAUAUAAGCUAGAGCUUCCAACUUGGGAAGAAUGUUUGGAGGUUGCUGUUGAAAAGUUUGAACUUGCUGGAGCUUCUCCAACAGAUAUAGCUGUCAUGAUAAAGAACCAUUGUUCCAAUCAAAAUGCACUGGAAGGUUUAGGCUUCAAAAUUGAUGAGAUAGUACAGGCAUGGAAUGAGAUGUAUGAUGCUAAGAGGUGGCAGAUUGGUGUUCCAUCUUUCCGACUAGAACCAUUGUUCCGUCGGCGGGCUCCGAGACUUCAUUAUAUGUUGGAAAAUAUGUGAAAUUUUUGGCUUUUGGUUGGCUAUUCUUUAAGGGCAUUGAAUAUAUGCUGCUAUUCCUUUCGUUCAUAUUUCAAGAGCUAUGUUGUUUGUGUCUUAAAUAGGUGUUUAUUUUUCUUCAUAGACAAUCUAUGUCGAGCUCGAUGUUUUGGGAGCAGCGAGCAAAGUGUCAGUUUUAUAGAAGUGAGUUUGUGACUGGGCUGUAAGGCCGUUUAUAUCAAUUUUCUUAUAUCCCCAAUAUUUGUUGGGAGGAAAUUCAUUACAGUGUAAUUGGUUGGUUAUUCAUAGUUUGAGUUUUGAGUUAGUGGGUAUAUGAUUUGAAUUGUUUGAGAAUUUGAGAUAGUGGGCAUAAGAUUUGAUUUGUUCAUUAUUUAUUAUAGAUUGUAACAAUUUUUGGGUGUUGUAUGGCAGUGUAAUUCUUUUAUGUAAUUGGAAAUUUUGAACAGUUUGAUGUUGAAUUCAUUGGCAUAUUCAGAAAUAAAGCUGGUGUUCAUUUAUGUUUA